CGGUGGCGGCGGGCGCGGAGCGAUGGCGGCUCCGCCGGGGCCCGGCGGGGGCUCGGGGGAACCCUCGGGGGGACCCCCGGGGGCGGCCUCGCCCCCCCCCGCCCCGGAGCUGCACCCCCGCACCGGGAGGCUCGUGUCGCUGUCGCAGGGCGGCCGCAGCGCCGCGCGGGCCCAGCCCGGGCAGGAGUUCAACCACGGGCUGGUGCUGAGCCGAGAGCCGCUCAGGCCCGGCCGCAUCUUCACCGUCCGCAUCGAUAGGAAGGUGAACUCGUGGAGCGGCUCCAUCGAGGUGGGGGUGACCGCCCUGGACCCCGCCGAGCUGGAGUUCCCCAGCAGCGCCACGGGGCUGCGGGGGGGCUCCUGGGUGGUCUCGGGCUGCUCGGUGUUGCGCGACGGCCGCUCCCUGCGCGAGGACUUCGGGCCUGACCUGGACGCGCUGGGGGAGGGGGACAGGGUGGGCGUGCAGGCCACGGCGGGGGGGGAGCUGCGGCUCUGGGUCAACGGGCGUGACUGGGGGGUGGCGGCCGCCGGGAUCCCCCCUCGCGUGUGGGCGGUCGUGGAUCUCUACGGCAAGUGCACCCAGGUGACCGUGGUGCCCCCCGAGGCGAUGCCCCCCGCCCCCCAGCCUGAGGUUUUGGGAGGGGGAGCCACCCUCCUGCCCCCGGAGCCGCCGCCGCUGCUGCCCACAGAGAGCAACGGGGUGGCCGCGGCUCGCCCCCAGCCCCGCCCGGACAAGUUCCCCGACAGCCUCGAACCACCGGGAGGGAGCGCGGGGCUGACCAAUGAGGCUCUGCUGUUCCACGAGAAGUGCGGGGCCCUCAUCAAGCUCAGCAAUGGGCACAAAACGGCCGAGCGCAGGCGGCCCCUGGAUGAGUUCAACAACGGUGUGGUGCUCACCAACAGGCCCCUCAGGGACGGGGAGAUGUUCGAGAUCCGCAUCGACAAACUGGUGGACAAGUGGUCGGGGUCCAUCGAGAUCGGAGUCACCGCCCACAACCCCAACAGCCUUGAGUACCCGGCCACCAUGACCAACCUGCGCUCGGGGACCAUCAUGAUGAGCGGCUGCGGGAUCCUCACCAACGGCAAAGGGACACGCCGGGAAUACUGCGAGUUCAGCCUGGAUGAGCUGCAGGAGGGGGAUCACAUUGGGCUCACCAGGAAGGCCAACAACGCUCUGCACUUCUAUAUCAAUGGCGUCGACCAAGGAGUGGCCACGACGCUGACCCCGCAGGUGGUGUAUGGGGUGGUGGACCUGUACGGGAUGGCCGUCAAGGUGACCAUCGUGCACAACCACAACCACAGCGACCGCCUGCGCCGCAACAACGCCAUCCUGCGUGCCCUGUCCCCUGAGGGGACCCCCCGACGGCCCCCCGGCGCCGCCCACCCACCCCCGCGCCCCUGCGCACCCCCGGCCCCACGCCUGCUCUUCCACCCCAACUGUGGUCAGAAGGCAGCCGUGGUCAACGAGGGCCGGACGGCACUGCGGCCACAUGCCACCGAUGACUUCAACCACGGGGUCGUGCUGAGCGCUCGGGCCCUGAGGGACAACGAGCUGUUCCAGGUGCGCAUUGACAAGAUGGUGGACAAGUGGGCAGGGUCCAUCGAGAUCGGGGUGACCACCCACAACCCGGCCUACCUGCAGCUGCCCUCCACCAUGACCAACCUGCGCUCAGGCACGUGGAUGAUGACGGGGAAUGGGGUGAUGCACAACGGCACCACCGUCCUGGACGAGUACGGACACAACCUGGACCGACUCAAGGCGGGGGACACGGUGGGCGUGGUGCGCAGGGACGACGGGACCCUGCACUUCUUCGUCAACGGGGCCCCCCAAGGCCCCGCGGCCUGGAACGUCCCCCCCAACGUCUACGCCGUGGUCGACCUGUACGGGCAGGCAGCACAGGCCACCAUCGUGGACGAGGGAGAGGUGCCGCCGCUGUCGGGGGAGGGCUCAGACGGUGACAGCCCAGGGGAGUCCCCUGAGGGCUCCUCCCCGGGGGGGUCCCCGAGCGAUCUCCGGUUCCAUCGCCUGCACGGCGCCAAUGCCGUCAUCACCAACGGCGGCAGGACCGCCCUGAGGCAGAACUGCAGGUCGGAGUUCAACGAUGCCAUCGUCAUCUCCAACAGGGCGCUCAGGGACGGGGAGCUGUUUGAGAUCGUCAUCCAGAAGAUGGUGGAUCGCUGGUCGGGGUCCAUCGAGGCUGGUGUCACCGCCAUCCGCCCCGAGGACCUGGAGUUCCCCAACACCAUGACAGACAUCGACUACGACACCUGGAUGCUCAGUGGCACUGCCAUCAUGCAGGAUGGGAACACGAUGCGGAAUAACUACGGCUGCGACCUGGACGCGCUGGGAACGGGCGCCCGGAUCGGGAUGAUGCGCACGGGGACGGGGGACCUGCGGUACUUCAUCGAUGGGGCUGACCAGGGCGUGGCCUGCUCGGGGCUGCCACCAGAGGUGUAUGCCGUGGUGGAUCUCUAUGGUCAGUGUGUCCAGGUGUCCCUCACUGGGGCCACCGGCCCGGCUGACAACAGCCUGGCCCCUGGAGCCCCCCCAGAGAAGGCCUGUCCGCCCCCCUCGCCAGCCCCUGGGCCAUGCCAGCGCUUCCACGGGCGCUGCGGGCAGAACGUGGCUCUGGGGGCUGAGGGCCUGGGGGCCGCGCGUGUGGCCGGCUACUGCCACGGACUCGUCUUCUCCCGCUCCCACCUGCGCCCCGGAGAGCUCUUCGAGGUGCGGAUCGAGGCACUGGACGAGCGCUGGGCGGGCUCAGUGCGCCUGGGGCUGACGGCGCUGCCCCCCGGGCAGGGUCCCCCUGGCCCCCCCGCCCUGCCCCCGACGCUGCUCGACCUUCCCACGCCCCCCACGUGGGUGGUCUCAGGGGCUGAGGUGCGGAGGAACGGGACCCCCACUCGCCACAACUACGGUGUCUCCCUCGACAGGCUGGCGGUUGGGAACCGCCUGGGGAUCCGGCGUGGGGCCGACGACUCGAUGCACCUUGUAGUGGACGGGCAGGACAUGGGACCCGCAGCCACGGGUGUGGCCAAGCCCAUGACGUCACUGUCCCCCAGAACGCCUCGUGGCCCUGGACCUGUAUGGCCGCGCCACCGCCGUGUCCAUCGUCAGUGGGGGGGGUGGGGCCGAGCCAGGCCCCUCCCACAGCCCCUCUCCCACGCACAGCCCCUCCCCCACCUGCGCCACCAACGCCCUCCUCCUCCCGGCGGGGACGGGGCAGGAGGGGACUGGGGCCCUCCCACGUUCCUGGGGUGCCACGGGAAGAACAUCCUGCUGUCCAAUGGCAACCGAACAGCCUCGAGGGUCUCCAGCUACAACCAGGGGCUGGUGGUCGUGGGGCAGCCCCUCCCUCCCGGCCGCCUCUUCCAGGUGCAGAUCGACGCCCUGAACCCGCAGUGGAGCUCCUCACUGGCUCUGGGGGUCACGGGGGCCCCCCCGGGGCGCUCCCCCCUCCCUGCCUGUGCCCACGGCCUCAAACGCCCCGCCUGGAUUCUGCAGAGGAGGGGGGUCUUCCACAACGCCAGGAAGAUCCGGGAGCACUCAGGGCCCAACCUGGAAGCCCUCCCCGCCGGGACCCGCCUGGGGCUGUUGGUGGAUUUGGGGGGGCGGCUCCACCUCUACGUCAAUGGCCGCGACCAGGGGGUGGUGGCUGGGGGGGUCCCCACCCCCUGCUACGUCCUGCUUGACCUCUAUGGGCAGUGCCAGCAGGUGACGAUCGUGUCGGAGGGGGGGGACGGGGGAGGGCCCAGCGGGGACCCCCGGACUCGGGGGGACAUGGAGAAGGCGGAUGUGGUGGAUGGGGUGAAGGAGAGCCUGUGCUGGGCCCCCCCCGCACCCCCACAGCCCUGCCCCUACCAGGCUCUCUGUGCCCGGUUCAAGGACCUGCUGCUGCUGCCUGAUGAGUAUUUUGCCCCCCGAGCCCUGCGCAGCCGCUGCUUCUGUGAGGGCUGUGAGCGGGGUGGGGGGGGGGUGACUCCCGUGAUCCUCGAGAGCCCCCCCUGCCCUUGGGUUGGUGCCGCUUCAGCCUCCGGUGGUCUCGGGCCAAAGCCACGGCUGGAGGGGGGAGGAUGGCAGAAGUGGCCUCGGGCGUAUCACGGCACCAGCGCGGGGGUCGUUCGGCGCAGCCUCGACCGGGGGGAGCUCGUCCCUGGUCCCUCCUCAGUGCCCCCCAAGGCAGAGCCCCUGGCCCCGCCCACCUCGCGCUCAGGCCCCGCCCCCGGCGUGGGCCCUGCCUCGGGCCCUGCCCCCCUUGUGUUGUCACCAGCCCUGGGCUAUGCCGCCCUGGAGCCCUUCGCCAAGAGGGUCCAGUUCCGGGAGCCGGGCUGGCCCCGUGCCCGGGGGGCUCAGGUGGCCUUCGAGGUUUGGGUUCGUCCGGGGUCGUUCCGGGCUGGCCCCCCUUCCCUGCGCCCCCCCCCAUCCCUGGACCCCCCCGAGGGGCUGGACCCCACCCAGCUCGAGUGGGUCACCAAGGAGCCUGGGGCCACCGUCCUGGCCGGGCUGCUCGUCCGCGUCGACUGAGGGCUGGGGGGGCUCCCCAAAAUCAGGGGGGAACUCAUCACCCCCGGGAAUUAGGGGACCCCUUGGAGGGAAGGGGGGUAAAGAGGACCCCCCUGGAUUGGAGAUGCCCCCCCUAAAGUGGAGAACACUCAUCCUAAAAGUUGGGACCCCCCCAAACUGGGGAACCCCCAUCAGGAAUUGGGGGGCCCCCUGGAGGGGAAUAAGGGGGACACCCCCCCCCCAAACCAAGGAAUGGGAACUCUGGACCUGGGGGACACCCCCCCUGGAGGUGGGAGUCCCCCCCAAAAAAGUUGGUAACCUCACCAAAAUGGGGGAAUGGGGAACAGCCCCCCAAAAAUUGGGACACACUCCACCCCAAAAAGUUGGAUCACACCACCCCCCGCCAAAUGGGAACAAUGGGAACCCCCAAGAUUGGGACCCCCUAGGAAUGGGGACCCCCCCCCCAGGGAUAGGAAACCCCCACAGAAUUGGGAAAUACCUCCAAAAUAAGACCUCCUCAGAGGGAUGGGGAUCUCCCUCCUGCAGGUCUCUGACCCAAAUUUUGGGGGUUUCACACCAAUUUUGGAGGUAUUUCACCUCAUUUUUGGGGGGGGUCCCUGAGCUCAUUUUUCUGGGAGGUUCAGCCUAAUUUUGGGAGGGGUCUCUGACCCCAUUUCAGGGGGUUUCAUCUCAGUUUUGAAGGGAGGGGUGUCUGCGACCUCAAUUUUUGGGGGUCCCUGAGUCCAUUUUGGGGGUCUUUGACCCCAUUUCAGGGGGUUUCAACCCAAUUUUGGGGGGGUCUUUGACCUCAAUUUUGGGGCGGUCUCAGAACCCAUUUUUGGGGGGGAUCUCUGACCCCAUUUUAUGGGCUUGCACCUCAGUUUUGGGGAGGACUCUGACUCCAAUUUUGGGGGGUCUCUGACCCAAAACUGGGGGGCCCUGAGCCCAUUUUUGUGGGUGAUUUCACCCCAAUUUCGGGGGAGGGGUGUCACAGCACUUGCCCCCCCCUCACACUGCACACCCCCUGCCCCUCCUCCCUCCCUCCCCAUUUAUUUAUUGCCCCAAAUGUGAAUCCGCGGGGGGAGAAGGGGGGGGGACUU